AUGCCUCCCCAGUCCACUGACGACGGAAAGUCGUCGCUCGAGGCCCAGUUCUCAUCCUUCUACCUCCAACGAACCACAGCCGAGCUGUCUGCAGACCUCGAUCAUGUCAGAAACGCCGACGAUUUCAAGGGCGACUCCAUCUCAUUCCUUGUCCAUGCACUUCGGCAGGGCACGUGUCAGUUUUCGAUCGAGGACAAGAAGCGAGUUGUGUCCGAUCUCUCAAAGGCCGAGAGUAGAGAUGCCGGCGCCUGA